GGCGGAUAAUUCACUAAGGGCGGAAGCUCUCCUCUUAAGGGCGGAAGGGCCCAAACCCAAGAAUAAUAGCUGCGGCGCCUGUCGCGGUUCAGUCACUUCCGGGGUGGAUCGGAAGUUGCUUUGUUUUGCUUCAAGAUGGCUGCGGGGAUGUAUUUGGAACAUUAUCUGGACAGUAUUGAAAACCUCCCCUUUGAGCUCCAGAGAAACUUUCAGCUCAUGAGAGACCUGGACCAAAGAACAGAGGACCUGAAGGCUGAAAUUGACAAGUUGGCCACUGAAUAUAUGAGUAGCGCCCGCAACCUGAGCUCCGAAGAAAAAUUGGCCCUUCUCAAACAGAUCCAGGAAGCCUAUGGCAAGUGCAAGGAAUUUGGUGACGACAAGGUGCAGCUUGCCAUGCAGACCUAUGAGAUGGUGGACAAACACAUUCGGCGACUGGACACAGACCUGGCUCGUUUUGAGGCUGAUCUGAAGGAGAAGCAGAUUGAGUCAAGUGACUAUGACAGCUCUUCCAGCAAAGGCAAAAAGAAAGGCCGAACUCAAAAGGAGAAGAAAGCUGCCCGUGCUCGUUCUAAAGGGAAAAACUCAGAUGAAGAAGCCCCCAAGGCUGCCCAGAAGAAGUUAAAACUUGUACGCACAAGUCCUGAGUAUGGGAUGCCCUCAGUGACCUUUGGCAGUGUCCACCCCUCUGAUGUGCUGGAUAUGCCUGUGGAUCCCAACGAACCCACCUAUUGCCUUUGUCACCAGGUCUCCUAUGGAGAGAUGAUUGGCUGUGACAAUCCUGAUGUGAGAACCAUUUUGCCUCAGGAUGGCGGGUUCUGGGGACAUGAGUGUUCCAUCGAGUGGUUCCACUUUGCCUGUGUGGGUCUGACAACCAAGCCUCGGGGGAAAUGGUUUUGCCCACGCUGUUCCCAAGAACGGAAGAAGAAAUAGAUAAGGGCUUUGAAUUCUGACAUAGUUUCUUCCACAUCCCCUGACCUGGGCUAGUGGGGAGAGGAAUGCCUGUGCUGGGCCAGAGGGUUCAGGGAGAAGUGAAUGGUGCAGUGUUGUCAUCCUCUCUUCUCCCCUGUCCCCGCUACUGGUGCUGAGGCUGCAUUCAAAUCCUGGUAGAGAGGAAUUUGGUAGCCACUAAGGGUAUAUGCUCUCAUUCAGCCCCACCCCCUUCAGAAGGAAGUGGUCUUGCCCACUCUCCUUUGCCUCCAUGCUGAGGUAGGUGCUGUAUUUCCAAGGGAUGGUCCUCUUUACUCCCCUGGCUUUGUAUUUAAGGACUGGGGCAAUAGCAUGGGGGCACUCCCGCAACCCUCCUGAUUCCCUCCACCCUGUGAGGGGCUAUGGUAUAAUAAACUUUCAUUGUUAUCUUCCUUUUUCCAUGCUGGGGGCUCCCCCAGCUUAUCUGGGCUGUAGCCCUAGUUGAAGGGCCACCCCUUCCUCUGUGCCAAGAGGCUUUGUCCUAGCCUUGUGAAUGGGAGAGGGGGCAAGGUGGAAUGCAAAUAAGCCACAUGUAAAGGAACUUGGGUAGGUGAAUAAAAGCUAUACCCAUUG